GGCCUUUCCCUUUAAUUUCCUCGCCACCCAAACAAGAAAAAGAUAAAAGAAAAAACCUACACCGCCAUCCCCCCGUAACGCACAGCGACUGUUCCCAGACUUUAUCCGAGGAAUAUUUUUUUGUCAUUUCGUUGAUAAUCCGAACUUCAAUUCUUUAAAAAAGCUUUGGAUUCUUGGAUAAGGCCUCUUUGAUAAACAAAGUUUCAUGUCUGAUCUCGACGUCCAGGUUCCUACUGCCUUUGAUCCCUUUGCUGAUGCAAAUGCUGAGGACUCGGGUGCUGGUGCAAAGGAGUAUGUUCAUAUCCGUGUUCAACAAAGGAACGGUAGGAAAAGCCUGACGACUGUCCAAGGGUUGAAGAAAGAAUUCAGUUACAACAAGAUACUUAAAGACCUCAAGAAGGAGUUUUGCUGCAAUGGCACUGUGGUUCAGGACCCAGAAUUAGGGCAGGUUAUUCAACUUCAAGGUGACCAGCGUAAGAAUGUCUCCACCUUCCUUGUUCAGGCUGGCAUUGUGAAGAAGGAAAACAUCAAAAUCCAUGGUUUCUAAGUUGCAGCAAGCUUAAAGUUUUCUGCUAAUCUGCGUGCCUUGUUUCAAACCCGGAUAUACUACCCGGUCUGGAUAUACUAUAAUAAUAUCUAUGCCUUUAUAUUAUCUCUAUGCUGUUUUGAUCGCGAUAUAUGCCGCUCGUAUUUCUUUUGAUUUCCAGUUCACUGGAUUAUGUACUGUUGGAUGAUUUUGAAAUCUAUGAAGAGCUUGUUUCUCUA